AGUAGGAUUCUCGACAUCGUUUUGCUGCUCUUUCAACUGAUGAUCGCCAAGAUAUGAACUGAUACGACCCGAAACAACUUCCAUUUUGUGGGUAUCCGCGUCGGGAAACAGCGAUGCCUCUUUGCGGAACACGGGAAGGCGAUGCAGAGUCCACCAUUGUUGUGGGCCCGCGUCUUCUUGAUGAUGCAUGCUUCAGCUGACCUUGCGAUAUCGAGAACUGCCGAGUUGCUUGGGUAUGCGAAUCCUCAUAAACCUCGACAUCCACCAGGUUUUCCACCUGUCUCCCCCUUGCCUCCCACAGGGCACAUCACUAGGACCACUCUCAAGGAAGGCAAAGCUUCAAACCCUACUCGUUCCGUAUCUGCCAUUCGCAAAUGAGUUCCCAGCGGGAUUACCACCAGCAUCCGGAUGCGAAUCGUGCCGGCAUGGCUCACCCACCGACCGCUGGACGAUGGUCUACACCACCGUCGACGCUCAAUUCAGUGCCUACGUGCACGCGAGGCGCCAACGAUUAUACCCGUCACUUACCACCUGCUCUCGCACUAUCAACGGGCGGCGAGGCUGCCUCGUAUUCUCGUCCUUUUACUCAAGGCAGUGAAGCGACGCAAAAUUCGUACGGAUUCCCAGCUGCGUAUGGCAAUACGUAUGACUCUCGGUAUCCGCGUGCCGAGGCUGCGCACACGUUGUAUUCGACUGCUGCAUCGCAUAUUCCGGGGGCAAUUGCGCGAGCGCCUCCGUCGUACUGGUCAGACGCCGGGGCCACAAACAUCAAUCAUAACACUGCCUACACACCGACCACAUAUGCCGAUCAAUACCGGGACAUGUCCCUGCCCUUUCAAAGCCCGCAUUAUGCAACCUCGCCCGGGUCCCCUGCGUCCUCAUCGUCUUCGAGCUAUCAUUCCAUUUCUCCGUACCAACUUACCGGUAUGCCCUCGGUCCCGGAGUCCAUCCCCUUCCCACCAGCGGAUCCCGUUCCUCGCAUCCCAUGUCGUUGGAUUGGCUGUAACGUUCUCCUGGAUGACAUUUCCACUGCUGGGAUCAAGCGCCACCUCCGCGAUUGGCACGGCGAUCUAUCCGGGACGUCUCACAAGGACCGCAGGACAUGCAUGUGGGACGACGGUCCUGCGAAUGUAUGUGGCCGCGAGCUCGACGCCGCGAGCUUUGCCAAGCAUAUCGCGUCGGUGCACCUGAAGAGCACCGCACAGGAGUGCGAAUACUGCCACAACGUGAUCGGUCGGGCAGACUCGCUUGCCCGGCACAAACGGGACCAUUGCCCUCAGCGUCCUAACAAGUAAAGUUGAGGUUGUUUCGUUCUCCCCGGCUUGGAGGGUGGUGGGCCAGGUCCAUCGGUCUUCCUCGAUGUUCUUGCACUGCCGUGUGCAUUGGCAUCCCGCCUUCCAUGCCAUCUUCGUGGCGCAGGCGCUACCAACAGUAUACCCCCUAAAUGUCCAAAAAGUAUCACCGCCUCUCUUCCAUUCGAAUUGGUUAUGACUCACCUAGGCCCUCUGUAUCGCUACUUUCCGCUAAAUGUAUCAUUGUAUGCCUU